AGUCUUCGAGGAGCCUACUAAUGUCUUCCUCUUCUUCACCCUUCAGAAGCAACGUGAAAUUUGUCCACCAGCAGAGGAUUCUACACGAAGGGAAGAUGGAGGAGAGAAUGAAGGCUGAGGAGAAGAAAAUUGGAGUCAUAGAGGCGUGGUUGAGGAAGCACCGACUUCAGUUCACCGGAGCCACCAGGCACCCUUUCGUCCUCUCCAUUCGCGACGGCACCACCGAUAUGGCUUCCUUCAAAACAUGGCUGGCACAAGAUUACUUAUUUGUCAGAGCCUUUGUUCCAUUUGCGGCCAGUGUACUGAUAAAAGCUUGGAAGGAAUCAGAUGACAGUUCAGAUAUGGAAGUAAUACUGGGGGGAAUGGCUUCUCUGGAGGAUGAGAUAUCAUGGUUCAAAAGAGAAGCCUCCAAGAGGGAUGUUCCACUUUCUGACGUAACUCCUCAGCAAGCAAAUAUUAACUAUUGCAGGUUCAUGGAGAAUCUAAUGGGACCAGAAGUGGAAUAUACAGUGGUGAUAACAGCAUUCUGGGCCAUAGAAACAGUGUAUCAGGAGAGCUUUGCACACUGUCUUGAAGAAGGUUCCAAGACCCCACCAGAACUGAAGGAGACAUGUGAGAGAUGGGGAAAUGAAGGGUUUGGUCAGUAUUGCCAGUCUCUGCAAAAGAUUGUCACUCGGCGCUUGCAAAGGGCUUCGGAUGAUGUGCUCAAAAGGGCUGAGCUUCUGUUGCUGAGUGUUCUUGAUCUUGAAGUUGAGUUUUGGAAUAUGAGCCGUGUAAAUGCCUAGAACUGUUGACAGACGACCCCUUUGUUUCCGUAUUUCCAUAUGAUAUAGUUGGAUCCUAAUGCUUGAAACUAUAA